CGGGAAGUCGUCACGUGUGGAAUGAGUUGGCACACAUACCGGAAGUAGAUUAACGUGUAGUGUAACAAGGGUGCAUCAGAAGUUUUGACACAUUCCUGCAAGCCUGUUUGUGAAUAUUUCUGAUUUUACUUCGAAUUCUACUCGCAGGUAGCCGCCAUGAGUCUUCAAUGGACGGCUGUGGCUACGUUUCUGUACGCCGAGGUGUUUGCGGUGCUACUGCUGUGUGUCCCUUUCAUCUCGCCAAAACGAUGGAGCAAAUUUUUCAAGUCUAGACUCGUCACUGUCAUCACAACAUAUGGAAACACUGCCUUCAUCGUAAUCAUCUGUAUUCUUGUCUUUCUGCUCAUAGAUGCAUUUAGAGAAGUGAGAAAAUACAGUGUGACAGAGAAAGUGGAUCUGAGCAACAACCCUGUGGCCAUUGAGCACAUCCACAUGAAACUCUUCAGAGCCCAGAGGAACGAAUACAUCGCCGGCUUCGCUCUGCUCCUGUGUUUGCUGCUGAGACGUCUGGCCACACUGCUGUCUCAGCAGGCUACGCUGAUGGCCUCUAAUGAAGCCUUUAAGAAGCAGGCGGAGGGAGCAAAUGAUGCUGCAAAGAAGUACAUGGAGGAAAAUGAGAAACUGCAGGAGAAAUUGCGGGAAGCGGGCGUUGAAGUGCCUGAAGUGGGAGGGAAGGUCAAGGGUGGUGUGGAGGAGGAUAAGAAAAAUCUGACAGAAGAGGUCAGGAAACUGAAAGAUGAACUCGACGCAACAAAGAAAGCUCUUCAGAAGUCAGACAGCGAUGUGAAGGCCAUGAAGAAGCAGGCUGAGAACCUCACGGCGGAGUACGACCGUCUGCUGGAGGAACACGGCAGACUGCAGGCCAAAUGCGACUCUCAGCAGGACAAGAAGUCAGACUGAACGAACCCCAUCACGCACCUGCUCUCUUUCCUGCGUCCUCAUUGGCCGGUAACGGCUCAGCUGGCUGCGCAUCACUUCUCUGGCUGUGUAAGAACAGGGUCCCGUUCUUCAUUCAUGUGCUUUCACGUGAUUCAUUAAAGCCUCUGCAGGGUUUUCACACACUGUAAUGUUUUCUUUCUGUUUUUGCUGUGAACGUCUGGUGUUUAAUUAAUAUUUCAUGUUUUAGUUAAAAAACAUCGGUUUAGAGUAUUUGCUGACUCAAGUAUUACGUUGUCCGUGUGUCAGUUUGUGUGUCAGGUACAUUGAGCCUCAUCGGUGAAACACAAGCGGUUCAUCAAAAAUGCUUUAAAUUUAAUCACCCUCAGUCAAUCCAGGAUCUAGAGGUUUUCUUCAUCGGAACACAUUUAACAGAAAGUUUACAGAUUAAAAAAAAGGCUAAAUUUGUUUUACAAACAGCUUUUUGCCUUACAAGAUGUUCACUGAUAGACUGAAGGAUUACUUGUGGAUUAUGAACGUGUUUUUAUCAGACGGCACCCAUUCACUGCAAAGAAUCCUUUGGAAUGUGCUUAAAAAGCCACACUGAAUUGCAUACAAUAAUUCACAUAAGCAUGAUUUUACACAAAUUCAUUUAGCUUGAGAUUCGUAAAUGAGUCACACUGUUUAUAUGGAAGGACCAAGAACUUUUUUUUUGUUUUUGAUAUGGUAAUUGUUGGGUUUCGUUAUUAUUUUUUUAAUUAUCUGCUACACUUCUCUUACCUUAUGGGACAAACUUUCAGUCUUUCGUUAUGAAUAUGCAGAUUUGGUUUCAGUACAGAUGCAUGCGCGAGUUAAUUUUAGAUUUUCGACAUACAGGGUACACGACACUUUACACCCAGUGCGCGCUUAAGAAAGGAAAUCCCUCCAGUUUACGAUCGACGGGCCUCGUUCGUCAUCUCGACUGUCGCGCGUCAUGCUAUAGGAAGAUGUUUUAGUUUUAUUUUGUCUUGGGUGCAGGACAGCUCGAAUUUUUUUUCUGCGAGGCUAUUGUACGGCAGAGUGAAUAAACCGCUUCUUUCCAGUUCUGUCUGGUUUGAGGCCACUGAGUCGGUAUAAUCUGAUAUGAGCCUGGCAGGGCUGUUCUAGUGGGUAAGAACGACGCUUUGGCAGGAACAGUAAAGCAUCCACAGCUGAUAUUGUGUUUCAAAACACAGCGCACUGUAUCUCUCGUCCUCUAGGUAUUGAAACGAUACUAGUCACAUUUGAGGGCCACGCGUCAGUUCUGCAUUUAUGCAGAUAACGUUUAUUACCGCUAAAGGUCGACGGGUUGAACUCCACACUCGCUGUUUUACAGUUUAAGCGCCCCCCCCCGGGUUUCUUUGCUUCUUUUCUGGCAUGUGUAAAUAAAUAUCUCUGCAAUCUUAGAGCAGCGUGACCUGAAAAAGUAUCAGCCGGAAUGACAUCAUAGCCGUGUUAAAAUAGGGCCGUGUGGGAACAACGUUAGCGCUGUAGGGGAAAGGGCAACCGGGAUCGCCGGUGCAGCGGCGAAUAAUUCGUAUUCGAGACCUCCUGGACACUUCCCAAUCACGAGAAUGCAAGGAAUGACAUCUGCUACCGUGACUCUAGUUUACUAUUUCACGCGCCCAACGAUUGGUUAGAUUAGCGAAACGUUAACCAGAGCACCAGUUCGGUGAAAAUGUCACUGUACACCUGAAAAUUAAAAUGGCGGGAGUUCAUUUUAAUAUUUUGGAGGUCAUGUUAUGUAUAUUUCAAACUCGUAAACAAACAGGUGAACUGUAUAGUACUGGGCUCUUUCUUUUAUAUGCGUUCCCAAAUGUAGCUUCUUCUUUCUUAUGUCUGGUUUUUACUUUGUGUUCUUGCAAAAAAGAAAAAAAAAACAUGCACUGAUACGUUGGCAGCGAUGGAAUAAACAAUAGCUGGGCGUCAUGAACAUGUUUUGAUUGAGUAGUUGUGUGUAACGCACGGUUCUGAUGUCUUCAGGAAAGUUUUGUCUGCUAUAACGUCAGUCUGCGUUAUUUCACUACGAAGUUCGAGUAUUAUGUGUUCUGGUGAUGUGCUUUAGUUGGGAUGUUAAAAAACAAACAAAUAAAUUGUGCUUCAUUUA